GCCCUGCUGUGUGCAACACGGGGAAGAUGUUCCAGGGAUUUUAACCGGACAUCGCUGUAGUUUAAGUAAAACUCCGUCGUCUAUUAGUACGACCAACGAUCCUCAACAAACGGGAAUUAAUUUGGAUCAAACUCAACCCUCACAGUUUGUCUCGUCGUCUACGGGAGUGUUGAUCAAACCGCAGCAGUGGUGCUCUCUACACAAUGGGCAUCACCAAACUGUCCGAUCUGAUCCGGAUGAGUGCUCCCGGUGCUGUUUCUCAUAAGGACAUCAGCGACUACACGGGGAAAGUAAUCGCACUGGAUACCUCCAUUGUUAUGAACCAGUUCCGUGCAGUGACGCCUGCACUAAGCCCUCUGACGGGUCUCUUCUUCCGCACGCUAACCUUCCUGGAACAUGACAUAAAGCCAGUCUUUGUGUUUGACGGGAAGCCUCCCGAGGAAAAGAAAGCUGUUCUUGAGAAGCGAGCUGAAACAGCUGGUUGGAGCUCCACCAACUGCACAGGCACAGCAUCAUCCCAGACCAGAGACUGUCUCCAGCUCCUGAAGCUUCUGGGUGUACCUGUCAUCCAGGCUCCAGGGGAUGCUGAGGCGCUGUGUGCCCGGCUGGUGAGGGAGGGGGCUGUGGACGCUGUAGCAUCAGAGGACAUGGACACACUGCCGUUUGGAGCCAAUAUUCUCAUUCGCCAGCUGAACGCCAAGAGGGACAGUGAAGUCGUUGAAUAUUCUUUACCUAAGCUGUUAGAGAAUCUUCAAAUUAGCCACGAGGAGUUUGUCGACAUGUGUAUUCUGUUGGGCUGUGACUACUGUGACAAGAUAGCGGGUUUGGGUCCUAAGAGAGCUCUGACUCUGAUCCAGAAGCACCGUACUAUUGAGAAUGUGGUUUUGCAUAUCAACAGACAGACCCAUCCUGUGCCACAUUUCUGGAAGUACAAAGAAGCACGAAAGAUAUUCUUGGAUGCAUCACAAACAGUGGCUCCUGAACUCACCUGGACUGAGCCAGAUGAAGAAGCCUUGGUUAGGCUCCUCUGCCACGUCAAAUACGUUAAGGAGGACAGGGUCCGUCGUCGAAUGGAGAAGUUCCGUCAGACACGAGAAAGCAAGCGGGAGGAGAGGGAAAAGGAGAGGGCAGCAGGAUGUAGCAAGCAGACUCGCAUGGAGGACUUCUUUAGAGUUACCAGAAAGAGGGAGCAGCCCGUGGAAGUUGCAGACUCUGUAAGCAGCAACAGAAAGAGACCAAAGUCAAAAUAAGGCUGCCACAAUCUCCCACUUGCUGCUUCCACCAUUCCACUGUCCAAGUUUGAAGAUGUUAUCAACGAUGUCUGCCUGUCCAGUUAUCUCAAACAAUUCUGAAAAAAAUUAAACAGACAAAUCUGUGAUUCCGAUCAUGAAUCUGUGCCAAAAGAUGAUUUUGUUAAACAAGCCAUCAUGCUAUAUUCCUGUGCUGAUAAGAAAGCAUCUAGCAUCUUCAACAUCCAUGUCAGUGACUUAAUGGUAUUCCAUGUCUUUUGAUUUUACGUUACACUUGUACACUAAUAAUUGACAAACUUCAACAGUUUCAGAGGCAGCAGCUUUACAUGUUGAAUCGUGGUUUUUCAAAGGGAGAAGACUGCGCUUCCAAGUGCCUUCUAAUCUAAUCACCUGCCGAAUUUAGAAGAAGCCAAAACAGGCGUCUUUCAAAACACUGACUAAGUCUUUGUCUCUGCAUGGGAGGAGCACUUCCCCCCACUGACAAUACAAUAAUCUGAUCUUGUCUUAACAGCCGUGUGCGCAACAAGGCAGUUCACUGAGCAGUUCUUCAGUGUAUCCAGCAGUUUCCUGCAUAGCUACCAAGAGAAGUCGAGCAGGCGGUGGAUGGCUAAGAAAGAGAACAGUGUGAUCACUGUCAGGGAGACCUUCCCCUAAGCCAACACUGCAGACAGGGGAUGUCUCAUCACCAGAUAGUCAAUGAGCACCUGUUGUGUAAAGGGUGCCAAGACAGAGACCAAAGACUUGAAUUUUAAAACAUUGCAAGUGGUAACAUGUGCAAAAAGAGAUAGUGAGAUGUUUAAAUCCAUAUGAAGAAAAGUUUGUAUUAUUUUGAAAAAACGUUAAAUACAUUAUGCACUUGAUGUUUUCUAUGUUUUCUAUGUAAUGCUGUUUGCCUUUUUAUUUUUAUUUUGUAUUAAAAUAAUGUUGAAGUAUA